UAAGACUGGAAUUCACCCUAAAACAAAAACAAAAGAAAAAAAGAGUCCCUCAGUGAGUUCAAAUGGCAUCCUCAGCGGAAGUAGAAAACCAGAGAGAACUCUAUGAUGCAGUGGAAAUUAGGAGGGAAGAAGAAGGAGUAGAAAGUUUCUCAUACGCAAUGCAACUGGCUAUGUCCUCUGUACUGUCCAUGUCCAUGCAAUGUGCAAUCGAGCUUGGCAUAUUUGAUAUCAUAGCCAAAGCAGGUCAGGAGGCCAAGCUCUCUCCGUCAGAGAUUGCAGCUCACAUGCCCACCACCAACCCUGACGCACCCGCCAUGCUCGACCGCCUUCUUAGGCUCCUGGCCUCCCACUCUGUUCUUACCUGCUCUUUGGUUGCACAUGACCACCACCUUAAUGCUAAUGGGUCUAAUUUCCAGAGGCUAUACGGUCUCUCUCCUGUCUCCAAAUUCUUUGUCACCGACAAUGAUGGCGUUUCCUUAGGCCCUUAUAUGGCACUCGUACAAGACAAUGUCUUCUUAACAAGCUGGUCACAACUGAAAGAAGCCAUUCUCCAUGGAGGACUACCCUUUACCAGAGCUCAUGGAACGCACGCUUUUGAAUACCUUGACUUGGACCUCAAGUUUAGUAAGGUUUUUAACGCUGCUAUGUGCAAUCAUAGCACUGUCGUUAUGAAAAAGAUCCUUGAAUUGUACAAGGGUUUUGAACCUCUUAAGCAACUGGUUGAUGUUGGUGGUGGUUUGGGAGUGAACCUUAAAUUAAUCACUUCCACAUACCCACACAUCAAGGGUAUUAACUUUGACUUGCCUCAUGUUAUAAAACAUGCUGCUUCUUAUCCAGGUGUAGAACAUGUAGGUGGAGACAUGUUUGCUGGUGUCCCACGUGGAGAUGCCAUUUUCAUGAAGUGGAUACUUCAUGAUUGGAAUGAUGGGAACUGCAUAAAGCUGUUGAAGAAUUGCCACAAGGCCAUUCCAGACAAUGGAAAGCUGAUUGUUGUGGAGGAGCUUCUUCCGGUUAUGCCAGAGACUAGCACUGCUGUGAAGAGCACCUCUCAAAUGGAUGUUCUUAUGAUGGCUCAAACCCCUAAAGGAAAAGAGAGGAGCAAACAAGAAUUCCUAGCCCUGGCAACCACCGCUGGAUUUAGCGGCAUCAGAUUUGAAUGUUUGAUCUGUAAUUUUUGGGUUAUGGAAUUCUUCAAAUAGAUCUGAUGUCAUAAACUUGCAUUGUUUGAUGCCAGCUAGUAGCACUCUGAAGAUCAUUAGAGGGAUCAUGUGAAACUGAAAUGUUUUAAUUUCUUCUUUAAUUGUUUCCUUUGUAUGUGUUUAUUUGGUGUUAUAAAUCUCUGAAUAACAUUGAAUCUUAAUUAUAA